AUGGCUGGACAUCAUUCCCUCUGUAUACUCCAUCCCUCUCUUGGUUUCUUACUUUGCUUCAUCCUCAUCCAUUCUUCUCUUGCAGCCAUUAAUGAACCAACUGAGCUAGUGGACAAGGUCUGCAACCAGACAUCAAACUAUACUUUCUGUCUUGAAUCUCUUUAUUCUGACUCACGAACCCCAGAUGCUGAUCCCUACACACUGGCCUUCAUCUCCUUUGGAUUAGCCUACACCAAUGCAAGCAACACCAGAGACUUCAUAGCUGAGCUACUCAAGAACACUUCUAGUCAAGAUGACCGUCACCAUCUAAAACGAUGCGGCCAUGAUUAUCAGAAGGCAGUCUCUGCUCUAGAAGAGGCCUACGAUGACUUGAACUCAGAGACCUUUUUUGAGUUGGCUAAAUUGGCAGGUCAUGCUUCGAAAGCUUCUGAUCAUUGCCAGGCUGCUUUUAAGGGAACCUCUUCACCACCUCUAGCAAGGAGAAACCAUGAUUUGAAAAGUCUUUGUGAAAUUGGUGCCAUCAUUGCUAAGCUCUUUACUGGAUCCUCAUGA